CGAACAUCAUUGCAAUAUUUCUUUAUUUUAUUAAAAAAUGUAUAAGGACAGAAACGAAAAAGAAAGCAAACAUCGAGUGAAUCGUUCUCGUCAACAUCGACAACAGGAAAAUUUAAGUCAAUCUAAUUCUGAAACGGUAGACGAGAGGACGGAUAAUAAUAACCAAAGAAAUACCAUAACAGAAAUACCGGCUACGAUGUUGAAAAUGGAUUAUUUAACCGAGAAAAAAAUAUCACAAGCUGAAAUGGAAAGACGUUAUAGUUGGUUGCAAAAAGCUAGAAUGAGCAUCUCGUCGACAAAAGAUCGAUGCCGUAUUAUUCAUGAGGUUUAUUUCUAAAUAAAUCUUUUAAUCUAUCUUUUAGUUAAUAAAUAUAUUUAAAGUUUAGGUUCGUUUCCCUGAUAAUUUCAAUGGUCUUUACUGCGCACGUUUCUCUGCAAAUGAUUCGGAGCGGCGAAACUGCACAAUUGAAAGCAACAUUGAGAGGCGGUAUGGAAACUUCGUUUCCAAUUAUGAGCUGUAGAUUUCAUCCGAUAAAAAAGAAUGUUUUUUAUACGUCUGGCGCAUGCGGUAAUAUUUUUCAAUGUACGACGGACAAAAACGAAAUUAACAAAUUUAUUUCAGAACCGAUGAACGAAGUUAAUGCGAUAGAUCUUAGUUCCGAUGGGAAUUAUUUGGUUUCUGGUGGCAAAGAUGCAGCUGUUAGAAUUUAUGACUCUGAAAUCGCAAAGCCAAUAUUGACGUAUCGGAGAAUUGAGGAAGACAUGAUGCACAACGUUACGAGAUUUCAUCGUAUGAGAAUAUUCGCUGCGAGGUUUCAUCAUAUUUAUACGAAUUUGAUUAUUACCGGAGGCUGGGAUGAUACAGUCAGAAUUUGGGAUAUCAGAGUCAGUGAUGGAUCCAUUAGAACGAUCAAAGGGCCUCACAUUUGUGGCGAUGCGAUUGAUUUACGAGAAUCGCACAUUUUAACGGGUUCUUGGGUCGUUCGUGAAAGCCUCCAAAUUUGGGAUUUAAUGAGUGCUAAAUUAAUCGAGACAAUAAAACCACGAAACAGACCUACCACCUUAGAGGGUGAAUUUCUUUAUAUCGUUCAGUACUUUGAUGGAGAUCCUUAUGGUGAUCAUAUACUUGCAUCUGGUUCUGGUACCGGUGCUGUAGAAGUGAUUAAUAUAAAGGAACAAAAGGUAAUAGAUAGUUUCAAUGUAAAUAAACCAAUCGUUGCGUUGGACAGCAAUGGAACUAUGAUAGUCUACGGUGGCAUGGAAUCUGUACUUAGGCUUGGUAAUUAUAGUUAA